AUGAGGGUUCACGGAGGUCUUCUAGAGUACCUCACUGUGGUCUUGAUCGGCCUCUAUGCUCUGCCUCCAUGCCAAGCGGCCGUGACAAACUGGAGAACCAUGAACUGCGAUAUUGACCUGUACAACGACUUGACUCUGGACGAUUUGUACUCUAAUGCUUUAGCAAUGGCCACGUAUGCUGCCGAACGAAUGGACUUCUUAAAUGACGGGACCCGUGUUGCACCCUUGUCGGAUCGUGCGAAAGUGGCAGAUAAUCUCAAAUACAUGUUUCCCCUCGAUUAUACACCCAAAGAGAAGCUAAGUAGCGACGCGAUUACCGUCAUCAACAACGUCAAGAGCGUCUUCACCAGAGUCAAGGCAUUGAUGUCCGGGCCGGACGCCGGCUAUAUCAUGUGUACGGACAGCCCGCUCAUAUACGACUAUGUCGGGCAGUACUAUAGCACGGGUGUAUUCUACUUCACAGAGGACAGCGAAAAUGGCGAGAAGGACGUCAUCAUACUUGAGUCUACCAAAGGCAGCCAGGACCCUGAUGACGCCUACAAGAACCCGGACAACUACCGCAUCCUCGCCGAGAUGUGCUACAUGUCCGAGACGCAAUGGGGCGCUCCAAAACCACCGCCGCCGCCAGCGUAG